CAGCUGUAUUUUAGCUGCUUUCUCUCUCUCUCUCUCUCUCUCUCUCGCUCUCUCGUUCGUUCUCCCUCCCCUCACACAGAACCCCCCACCCAGCCAUCCACACGCCGUUUUAUUCCUCUGGCAGAGGCAGUUGUGCACACCUUCCCCUCGCUCUGCUGCCGACCGGAGGGGAGUGGAGCCGACAGAGGCAGGUAACAGCCAACAACCUCGGAUGCAUCCGUCUCGCUCCUCCGCCACGCCGGACUGUGCGUGCGCCGAGCGGACGCGGCCGGCUCGUCGCACCUGACAGCCGGCAUGUCAAAGUUUGGCGCGGGGGAUACGAGCGGGAUGCCUUGAUUAAUCCACAGACGGGAUUAUUGGAGCAUUCGGUGCUGAUCCAUAAAACAUGGGAGACCUCGAGUGUGGCUUUGAGGAAAUGCAAGGAGUUCGACUGGGCUACCUGCUCAUCCGAGGCAAGCAGAUGUUUGCUUUGUCUCAGGUCUUCACCGAGCUGCUCAAGAACAUUCCACGCACCACCGUGCACAAGCGCAUGGACCACCUGAAGGUGAAGAAGCACCACUGCGACCUGGACGAGCUGCGCAAGCUCAAGGCAAUCAACUCCAUCGCUUUCCACGCAGCCAAGUGCACGCUCAUAUCGCGGGAGGACGUGGAGGCGCUCUACUUCUCCUGCAAGACGGAGCGAGUGUUGAAAUCCGGCCAGGGCAAAAGCAAAGCCGCCUCGCGUUCGGCCGCGGACGGCCUGGCGUCCGCGGGGCUGCUCCACGCGGACGCCCAGCUUUGGCAGAAAAAAGUUUGGCUCAGUUUGCACGGCGUGCAAGACAAAGCGCGCCGGGCGAGGAGAGAGCCCUGCGACUCCAAACUACCUCACUUUUACCACAAAAGCCGCGGACGAGGUUGCCGCUCGGCCGCAAAGCCCACUCGCAGACACUUUAAAAACUAUGAAACCGCCAAGUUGCAAGGGAACCGGGUGACUUUCAGCCAGAAGCAUUCGUUUUUCCGGAGCGCCCCCGCAGCGGCGCUGCAGUCGGCCGCGGCCGCUCAGUCGCGGCUGUCUCGCGCGGCCGGCGACCUUCAUCACAAAAGGAAGAGGAGGCGCGAGGGGGGCGGCGGCCGGGAGGGCCCAAGACACCCCUGGAGAAGCAGACACCGCCAGCACGUCCCGCCGGUGCUGCUGGUACAACCCCGAGCCUCCGCUACGCACCGCGCGGCUUUUGGUGCCUUCCAACUGAGCCCGGAUUUCUACCUUCACCGCCAUCACCUCGAAGCCAGCUUCCCGGAGAGUAGCGAUACCGAAUCCAGUACCUACUCGGACCGUGCCUAUCCCGACUCGGACUUCGGCUCCGGCUUCUCCACCAGCAGCAGCUCCGAGGAAGAAGAGGAGGAUGAGGAUGAAACCCAGUCGGAGACGACCGAGGCCAGCACGGAUGAGGAGGAGGAAGAAAGCUCCUCUCAUUCGGACUCCAGCUCCGUUUCCAGUCGGGUUUCGGUUCAGAGUAUCCGCUUUCGGCGGGCCCGGGUGGGGGCCCUCGCCAAAACCCUUAACCCUAUCGCGGCGCCUCUGCUUCUGCAGCCCACGUUUCACUACAACCGCCAGCAGCCGCAGAGCCACGUUGCCGCCGCUCACAAGGCGGAGCGAGGGCACGAGGAAGGCACAUUUAGGAACAGCUCCGGGUCCAAAUUCCUCUCGGUUAUUUUCGCCGAGGACGGGCGUGACGAGGCGGGUCCGAUCCCCGACGCGGCGGUCGAACGCGUCCGCUUCGAGCCGCACGCCAACAAGGGCCUCUGCGCGGCUCGCAGGACGUCGGCGUGUCCCAUCGGCGAAGCCCGCGGCCGGGACAAAGAGGCCAAAUUCACCGGACAAAGACUGCCCACGCCCCCGAAGAAAAUCAAGAGCGAGACGGAGGAGCUCGCCGUGACGGCGUCUCCUCGUUCCGAGAGCGGCUGCAAGAUCGCCAGGACGCCGCCCCUUGCUCCGCACAAAGUGGCGUUAAAAGCGGAAGACUGCCGCAAUGAAUAUGAAUACGAGUGCCAGGCCGACGCCGUCACCUUCAAAGUGCCCCCCGUCAACACGAAACAUUCCGCCAACCCGCCGCUGGACGUGAAAUCAGACGAGGACGCCCUCGAAGCUGCCGCCGCGUGGCCCGCCGCCUCGCACGGAUAUCCGAGCACCCGGGACCGACUCGAGGAGGGGGAAGCGAGGACUAAAAAGUGCAGGGCUUCAGAGCUGGGGGGGAGAGCCAGGCUUUCCAGGGCGCAAUCAAGACAAAGCAGGGUCACCAGGGCUGCCCCCUCCACCUCCUCCGCCCCCUCUCACCCCUGCGAGGAGAAUUUACCGAGCCGACGUAAACGCAGCAGCGCGAACACUUGGACGUGCGGCGUCAAACUGCCUUUCAGCCUCAUGGCAAACUUCCCAUUUUCGCCGUCGUUGGCGGUUGGCAGCGACGGGGAUCUAUGUCCCGCUUACUCCCUCAACUCUCUGAGGGGUCUCGGGCCUCCCCCUCCAUCUCACCCAGUGUGGAGUUGGCAGCCGGGAGGACACGUUCUCCCUCCCCCACUCACUCACAGGACCGCAAAAUAAGCCUACUGAGCAGUGC